AUGCAAACUGCAGAGCUCCAAGCUCUAGUGCUCACCCGAUGGGCUCAAAAGGUGGCGGGGCAACAGGAAGGAGGAGGUGAAGUUGGAGUUACAACGAAAGAUUUCCUGUUCAACCAAAGUGUGUAUUCCGCCGAGGAAACCACCCGGCUCCGGCAGGUAUGCGAGAAAACGUACGGUAAGUACUCCAAGGGGGCAUUCCGGGAAGGAACGGAAGACGAGUGGAGAAUUGUUCAAGGAUUAGUUGAGGGCACGGUUAUCUGCCGUCGAUUGCCGCAGUUCUUCAACCGCAUCAUGCGAACAGAAGACAAGUUGAGAAUUAUCGGUACAGUGCGAGCGCAGGUGGAGGGGCUUCUGAUUAUGGACCUUGAUGGUGAGCUGCCAGUCAAGGAAGCAUUUCAGAGCACCAAAAGUCUACAGGAGAGUAUUUCGAUCGCGGCGAUGAACCAUAGCACUAACAACCAACGACUCUGGGGACUCCUGGCUGCCGUCAAGACGAUCAGCUACAACGCAGCGAAGCACGAGAUUCAUUUCUACUUCUUUACCAGAGAGGCAGCCUGUAGGUUUGACGGGCUGGAGGUAACUUUCCAUCGAACGACGCACAAACUAGUCAAUGCGCAUCCUGUGGGAAGACGGACACCUGGGGCAAAUGUUUGGGACCUGCAGUACGAAGAAGAUGGUGCCCUGAUCUCGACGGCGUCAGAGUACGUCGUCAUUCUACGUGACGUGACGCGGAACAUGGAUCUCGGCCGUCUACACGCGUUUUUGAAGCACGUUCUCCGUGUGCCGUUUGUCUUCGAGGACCUGGACCGGAGUGGCCCUCAAUCGAGUACGUCAAUGGCAUGGAAAUGA